AUGAUGACUUUUUCGGAUUUUAGUGGAAAUAUAUUGGAUAGAAGGAUAGUCCAAGCUUUAAAUUCCCAAGGAUUCGUUUAUCCAACAAAAGUACAGAGUGAUGCAAUUGGUCUAGUAAUUGAAGGCAAAGACGUUUUGAUUAACUCUAAGACUGGCUCUGGUAAAACACUGGCAUUUAUAAUUCCUAUAUGCCAUAAUUUACUGAGUAAUCAAAAUUCUGGUUCUAGAAUGAAGGUACUUAUUUUGGUUCCCUCUAGAGAACUAGUAAACCAAGUGUAUGAUGUUCUUCUUUCAGUAAUAAGAUAUUGUGGUAACAAGAUAAGAAUAUCUCAUUUAAUUAGCGAGAAUUCUUCUUGGAGUUAUAUCAGUAAGUGUAAUAUAGUUAUAUCAACACCUUAUGAUAUUGUCAACUCCUCUGACCAAGAUAAAAAAGUGAAGUGGUUAUGCAAUGUUUCCUGUCUGGUAGUAGAUGAAGCAGAUUUAUUAUUUGCAUUCGGCUAUGAAAAGUAUAUGGAAAUUAUAUUAGAGUUAUUACCUAACUCUGCUGGUAAAAAGUAUCAAUGUAUAUUUUGUUCAGCUACCUUAUCAAAGAACUUGAAGCUACUGAACUCAAAACUACUGCACAAACCAAUAUGUGUCAAUGAAAUAUCACAGGCAAAUGAAAAAAGUGUAUUAGAUAAAAGCUCCAUAGAAGGGAUUUUAAAGGAAUAUUAUGUGAACUGUAGCAACAUAACUGAGAAGUGGUUGAUGCUUUAUGUACUAUUUAAAAUGCAAGUUAUACCUAUAAAGUGUUUAAUAUUUGCAUCUAGCAUUGAUAUGGCUUACUCAAUCCGGUUAUUUUUAGAUAAAUUUGAUAUAUCUGCAGGUAUAAUGAGUCCAAUACUACCAUUUUCAACACGCCAACUCAUAAUCCAGUAUUUUAAUCAAGGAACAAUAGAUAUAUUGAUCACUGCAGAUAUUACAAAUGAACUUGAUGAAAUAAGCACUAAAGAUAUAUUAUCAAGUGCCAAGUCUAAAGAGGCAGUAGCAUAUCGAGGAAUAGACUAUCAAGGUGUAUCGUCAGUAUUAAACUUUGACUGUCCAACAAGUGUUCGUUCAUAUAUUCAUCGUAUUGGAAGGACUGCACGUGGGAACUCUUCGGGUACUGCAAUAACUUUUAUUAACAAGGAUAUUCCGAAUGAUGUUGAGUUAUUGCAGUUACUUAUAGCUAGGAACAAAUAUAAUGACGAUAAAGGGAUUGAACCACUGGAUUUUGGUCCGCAUGAUGUAUCUUGUUUUAACUAUAGGAUAGAAGAUUGUUUAAAGUCAAUAACUAAGACAAAUAUCCGGAGAUAUAAACUUAAGGAGAUACAAGGUUUAAUUCUGUCUAGUUCAAGGCUAAUAAAGGGUGGAUACUUUAGUAAACACCCUGAAGAGAGAAGUGUUUUGAGAUCUUAUCAUAAACACUUACUCAGUACAUUAGCUAUUUCUGGAACAGGUAGAGAAUAUCUGAAGCUAACACCAAGAUAUCUAGAGGAGAUAGUUUAUCCUAUAGUACAAAGUAUUCAGCCAAAUUGCAAUGCCACGACAGCCACUGAACAAGCCAUAUACACUCAAUUUCCAGAAGCACUUAGAAAAAAGGAACCGAGAUAUAAACUAUCAAGAUAUGAUAACUUACAUAAAUAUAAUACUCAAAGUAAAGAUAUUUCAAGGAAGUCACAACUUAAAAAGGAACCAACAUAUGAAACAUCUACACCUGAUACUUUGCCAGCUAUAUCGGGGCGAAAAAUUUGGAAGCUAAAACAUAAAAAACCCCUUCAACGUUGUUCAUACAUUGAUACCUCAAAAAAGAAAAGAAAUAGACGUUGA